AAGGCCGUGACGCACUGAAAGCAGAGAGUCAAUGUGAGCAAAGGGGGAGGAGGAGGAGAGGGAGAAAGAGUUGGUGCUGAGAUCGAUGAAGUGGCAGGCAGAGGGAGGAGGAGGAGGAAAAUCUCACGAGAUAAUGAAAGAAAAAGAGGAGAGCUGCUAGUGUAGAGCAACCACAGGAAGGGAAAAAAAAAAAAAUACGAGGCUAGACUCGGAGAUUUUGUUGGAGUGGAAAACAAAGACUGAGAAACGGGAACGGAGAGCGAGAGAGAGAGCGAGAGAGAUUCGUCUGUAACCGCAGAUGGGUUUUUUUUUUUUGCACUCUGGUUUUUGGUGAAUGUAGCACCCCGGGGCGCAGCGGACCAAUUGUGUGAAUCUGCAGGGCUGCUCGGCGACACAAUCGGAGACAUGCACAGCACGGACAACAGCCGCGGACGCUCUCUGAGAAGUGGAGAAUAAAAGGCACAAAAGCGAAGGGCAUCUGCCGAGGAACACAGCUGAGCACCAAAGAGACAAGAGAGAGCCGAGUGCUGACGCACAAGUGAGAAUAAAAAAAAAAAAAAAAAAUCACAGUUAUAGCUCCUGAUGCUGUUGCAAACUCGUUUUCCGGGAGUUUGAUGGAGUUUGAGGACAGUACUUAACGUUAUCAGAUAAUUAAUUAGACACCCCCAUAAGCCCGGAAAUCAAUUAAUUCACAAAUCAAUAAAUCCAUAGUCUGGUGUAACAAGAGACCUUCCAGACUGUUAGCCUCUGGCUGUUGAACAACAAUAACAAGAGAAGAGCAACAACAACACAGGGGGCAAGAAAAACUAAAUUUAUUGGUUGAAGAUUGAAGAUGGAUGGGAGUCUAGGGGAGAUGUCCCUCCACAGCCACUCUGAUCUGGCUCACAGUCAGGACCACGGCAGGGCCAUGCUGCACUCGCGGGACCUUUCAGCUGCGUUCCCCAGGCCUUCCCUCGGGGGCCCCUCCAUGUCUCUGGAGCCCGAGCCCCGUCCGUCCGGCUUCGACCACUCCAUGUCAGCGCUGGGCUACAGCGGCGACUCCCCGUCCGGCGCCGGCAGCACCUAUACCACCCUGACCCCCCUGCAGCCCUUUGAUGACAAGUUCCACCACCACCACCACCAUCACCACCCCUGCCUCCCCGUCAGCAAUGUCAUCGGCAGCUUCACCCUCAUGCGUGAGGACCGAGGCCUCGGCACCAACUUCUACAACCCCUAUGGCAAGGACCUGGCCAUGUCCCAAAGCCUGUCCCCCCCCUCCGCCGGUUCGGGCCUGGCCUCCUCCAUGCACGGCUACGGCAGCUUGGGCAACAGUCCCAAUGGCAAUGGCGGCCAAAUGCUCCACGCUGGCUACGACGUCCACGGGGGGAGCCUCUUCUGCCGGACAUCAGAUUUUGGCCGCGAGAUGUCGCCACCGGGCUUGGGGGGAGGCGAUGUGUCAGUGGGGCAUCAGCUGAACAAAAUGGAGGCUCACCAGCACGCCCAAACCAGCCACCACGCUCACAUCUACAGCCAGCACUACCAGCCCCACCAUCACCCGAACCAGCAGACCUCCAAGAUGGGCGAGCACCUGCUCUCCUCUUCGUCCGCCUUGUCCUCGCCCGGCGAGGGCAUGCUGGCGGGCUCGCAGGGCGGAGGCAGUGGCGGGGAGGAGAUCAACACCAGGGACGUGGCCCAGCGGAUCAUCACCGAGCUGAAGAAGUACAGCAUCCCCCAGGCCAUCUUCGCCGAGAGGGUUCUGUGUCGGUCACAGGGCACGCUGUCUGACCUCCUGAGGAACCCCAAGCCCUGGGGCAAGCUCAAGUCCGGCCGGGAGACCUUUAAGAGGAUGUCCCGCUGGCUGCAGGAGCCCGAGUUUCAAAGAAUGGCCUCGCUCCGACUGGAGGCCUGCAAGCGGAAGGAGCAGGAGCAGAGCAAGCUGGAGCGCAACCAGGGCCCGAAGCGCACCAGGCUGGUGUUCACAGACCUGCAGCGGCGUACGCUCUUGGCCAUCUUCAGGGAGAACCACCGCCCCACCAAAGACCUGCAGGUCACCAUCUCCCAGCAGCUGGGUCUGGAGCUCUCCACUGUCAGCAACUUCUUCAUGAACGCCCGCCGACGCAAUGUCAACAAAUGGGCCGACGAGGGCCGUCCCUCCUCCACGGGCUCCUCGGGCUCCAGCGUUUCCUCCUCCGCAGUGUCCUGCAGCACGGCGUGAUGACGGACCGCCGUGGAGGUGCGGUGGGGAGGGCGCCGAGGGAGCAAGGGGGCACAUUGACUGGUCUAGGCAGAGAUCAGCCGUUAAUAAAUGUCCUCCUCGUUAUCAGAAGGAGCGACGGAGCCAGCUUAUAUAGAUGAUUUUAUGAAGAUGAAGCAUUUUCCCAAACCAAAGUCGACCGCUCCCUUGAAAUGGAAGGAGGGGCGAUACCCAGAGUGAUAUGAUCGCAGGAUGCGGAGGUCCUGCUUGUAUAGUCGAGGGUGCAACGAUGAUUUUGACUCAAAGAAGAGUCACACCCUUACAUAGACGCCAUCUCAUUGCAUUAUUUUGAUUAUCUAGAUUAGAGAUAAUGAGGGUAUUACAAAUCAGGAGGAAGCAUAUUUUGGUGUACCUUCUAAUCUAUAGUCAUCUCUCCAAACGUGAAGAAUCAAGAGGUGCCGUUUGCUCACACGUGGAGAGCUCCAUUGUGUAACUUCUUAAUCAAAAGUGUUCACCAUCAUCCAAAGACGUUUGUUAAUCCUCCCCCCCAAUGUUCCUGUGGUUCUGUUUUUCCUCAAGAAUCAAGAUGAAAGAGGAAGAAAAGGCAUUUUUUUUUUAAACUUCCCAUUUGUUUUCUGAAGAACCUAAUUCUCCUUUCUUAGCAUGUCUUUCCAUGGUGAUGGUUCCCAGGACUGUACGGCGUUGUUCCAAGUUCGAAGCCUGGAAUUAUCAGGAGGUUAUUGUAGCGUCUGUGACUCCCAGCUGUCAAUCAUUUGCCAUCAACAGGAGCCUAUCCUGUUAUUUUUCUGAAGAUGGUCCCGCCUUGAAUGAAUCAGAGUUUUCAAGGGGGGGAGCCGCAGUGCAUCUCACCGUACGCCAGGACAGAAUCAAUAAACACAAGUAGGACGCAGAAACUGACUUGUUGGUGCAACUGUCUAGCUUUAAGACUCACCGAGCAUCCAAAUGGAAGCUCCACAGCCAUUUUUUUUGACUCAAAAUCAAGCCAAAAAAACAAAAAAAAAAAAAAUGAAAAAAAUGAAAAACAACCUUUGAACACAAAGGCUUCAUGGGGAAGAGAUACACCUUACACAAUGUAUAGUGACAUUGUAGUAUUUUUUCCCCCCCACUCAUUUCCAAACAACUGUACACACCUCUGCUCCAUUACGAAAUCUUUUUUUUACAGAUGUCUAGAAAAAUGGAGGAAUGUGAUUCUUUCAGCCCUUUUUGUACAGAUUUCAAGCACAUCGCUCUAUUUAUAGAAACACGAUGGAAGUGCGGGGCAGUUUGUUUCAGCCCUGCUGACGUACAAGGUCCUUUUUUUGGUCCACAAAGGAACGGCUUUAACAUGCCUCCUUAUAGCCAAUAGUUAAAUCAAUCCAAGAACGUUUCAAAUGCAAUUGCUGAUCUGAUCAAUGUAUUUAUUACUGCAUUUGUGUAUUUAUUGUUUUCCCUUUUUCUUUCCUCUCUCUAUUUAUUUGGUUAUUUAUUUAUGCUAUCUAUAUACUGUAAGUAUUUAUUUAACAAUGCUCUCUGUAUGUCUGUGUGAAACUGAAGACUUUUUUCUGAUGGGCACUUUUAGCUGUAGAAUCCCAUCGUAAUACCAAAGAUUAACAUUGCCUCCCUGAAUGUACGGCCUGAAUCCCUAAACCCAGUACCCCGAUCCCGACCUGAUCCCAACCCCGAUUCAGCCCGACCCACCCAGUGAUGUUGCGUAUCUCUCUCUAUCUUUAAGGCCUGGCCUUUGUUUUUUUUUGUUUUUUUGUAGAAUAAUGGGGAUUUCUUUACUCUUGCAAAUGUCUCUGCGGUCAGCUCUUAACGCCAAGGCCAAAGCUUGUUUGAAUGUUGUGAUAAUAUUUAUAAUUAAUACUAUGAAUAGUAACAAUAAUAACGAUAAUGAUGUGGCAUCUCAUAGGUUCACAGGUUGCUUGUAAAGUUGUGUUCAGACCAAUGCCAUCUGGCGGAGUGUGUAAAGUGUCCGGGGAUCCACUUAAAGUGCCGUCUGAAGGCCCCAUUGAGUGCGAGUCCUUCAGGGUCACAUGCAAACAUGCGUACUGUGUGUCUGCCUGGGGAAAUGCAUGGUUGUGACCCCCCUCCCCCCCAUAUCCCUCACCUGCCCCCCUCCCCAGUGCAGUGCAGCCACUCCUGUCUAUGUCCAACUCUGUGUGAUCUCACCGUCCUCCACUCCACAUGCCAAGUCUUUCUGCCGGUUGUCUCAGUUCCAAGAGGGUUCUUAGGGUUCGUUCCUGGACCUUUGGGGUUCUUAAAGUGUGUUCCUCAACUUCUAAAGGUUCUUCUGGUUUGGUCCUCAUCUUCUCAGGACUCUGAUUUGGUUGUGAGGCUUGUGGGCUUUGUCCC